AUGGAGGUUUCAAAAUCUCCUUCCUUAACAUGUAGGACAUUAACUCUACUGACAGUUUCAGCAGUUGUUAUUCAAAUUAUUGGAUUGUCUCUGUUCGUUAUGGGAUUCUUCCCUGUCAAAUCCACUCUCUCCGGGACAAGUGGGUUGGAGAGUUUUUUCCCACCGAACCUGAAUCAUUCUGUUCGCGACGAGAAUAUCUCAGCUUUGCCACCUGCUGGGCUAUUUCAACUAUAUCAGAAAUUAUCUGGAGUGCCACCUUCAUUCGAUCGCCUAGUUUUCAUGGUUAUUGAUGGUCUUCCAGCUGAAUUUAUCCUCGGAAGAGAUGGAAAACCUCCAGAAAAGGUUUUUAUGGAGGCUAUGCCUUAUACUCAAUCACUGUUGGCUAAAGGAAAGGCAAUGGGGUAUCAUGCCAAGGCUGCACCUCCUACUGUCACAAUGCCUCGCUUGAAGGCUAUGGUUUCUGGUGCAAUUGGAGGAUAUUUGGAUGUUGCUUUCAACUUUAACACUCAAGCUCUAUUAGACGAUAAUCUUAUCGAGCAAUUUACUAGAAUUGGCUGGAAAAUAGUGAUGCUUGGUGAUGAUACAUGGAUUAAGUUAUUUCCAGGGAAGUUUACAAGGCAUGAUGGAGUUAGCAGUUUCUUUGUUAAAGAUACUGUUGAAGUGGAUCACAAUGUUUCUCGACAUUUGAACACUGAGCUGAACAUGAUGGACUGGAACCUUCUGAUACUUCAUUAUCUUGGCUUGGAUCAUAUUGGACAUAUCGGUGGACGAAACAGUUUGUUGAUGGGAUCAAAACUCAGGGAGAUGGAUGAAGUCAUUAAGAUGAUUGAUCGGGGUAUCAUUCAAGGUCAAGAAGGCAAUAAAGAACGGACACUUUUGAUGAUAGUAAGUGAUCAUGGCAUGACCGAAAGCGGUAAUCAUGGGGGUUCGUCAUUUGAGGAAACUGACUCUUUGGCACUUUUUGUUGGCCCAAGGGAAUUUGGUCCUGUUUCAAAACCCAACAACAUGGCUAACCAGGUUGACAUCGCUUCAACAUUGGCCCUUCUUUUUGGUGUCCCUAUUCCGAAGGAAAAUGUCGGCAUUGUUAUGACAGAAGUUUUCAAGUCACUAACAGUUGAUGAACAGCUAAGGGUGAUGGAGUUGAAUUCAUGGCAAUUAUUCAAGUUACUUCAAGCUCAAUCACCCAAUCUUGAGUGUAAACAUUUCAAAUGCGAUGUCCAAAUGGAUGAUAGUGGCUAUAGAAUCAGUCAAGAUUAUGGUUCUGUGGAGAAGAUGUUUUGUUGUCUUUAUUUGGGUGCAGCCACAGCUCAUGAAUCAUUGAAAUCCCCGUCAACGGGUAGAACUGAAUAUGAUAAAACCUUCCUUGCUUACCAUGAAUUUCUUAAAACAGCAAGCCAGUGGUUAUCCAGCAGAGCAACUGAUAGACCUUCUAGUCUACUCGUUUCGGGGUUAACAGCUUUGCUCCUGUCUUGUCUAAUUGUACUGGGCCUCCUCUUCUUACUUGUUUGUGAAAGUGACAUGACAAAAAGAGACCAGUUUUCAAGACUAAAAAUUGUAACAAGAUGGCAAUUGGAUGAGAUCUUUUGUCUGGCUAUAGUUUGCAUCAUCAUUUCAAGUAUGGGGUCUAGUUCUAUGGUUGAAGAGGAGCAAUAUGUAUGGCAUUUUGUGGUCUCAUCAUUCUAUAUUCUGCUACUCCGGAAAGUUAUUCAGUCCAGAACUUUGGGGUUUAUGGUGCAAACGAAGAGAGAUCUCCGCCGAUUUUUCCCAAUUGUUGUAAUACUGAUUUCUGGAAGAGUUUUAAGGGGAUGGCAUCAAGGUGGCGUCAAUUGGGCCCACCUUCCCGACAUUUCGAAAUGGCUUGAGCAGGAAGGAAGUGCAUAUAUAAGUUUGUUGCAGCUGGUUUCUGGUGUCCUACUUAUCAGCACUUAUUUUUUUGCUCUUUUGUCUUCAUUAAGGUCCAGAAAAAUUGUUGUCAUGGUGAUUUCAAUAAUCUACUUAUAUCCAGCUCUGUUUAUUCUUUACCAUAUAUUUUUUCAAGGUGGGAAAUUAGCAACCACUGGCAUUGGCGCCACAGAAAUGGUUCAAAGAUUUUAUGCAAUCCUGGGCUUUUCCACAGUUGGAACUCUCUUUUCUAUUCCAUGGAUGCUGCCUUUGCAGAAUUCUAAGAUUCUGAGGAUCAAUUCGCACGAUGAAAUAACUUCUGAACAUCAAAGCAAGCUUUUGCUCAAAGGGCUGAAAGAUACUACUUUCGUUAGUGGCUGGUGUUUGAUGUUCAGCUGGUCUCUUCUGCAGCUGUUACUGCAGCAACCGAUAAAUUCGAUGCCUUUAUUCUUAAUUUCUAUUCAAAUGAUGGCUGCUGUGCUGUAUUCUUCUCGUGGUGGCACCUACUGGGCUGAAGUAGCUGCAAUCUACUACUUGGGAAUUGCUGGUCACUUUGGCCUUGGUAACACCAACAAUCUGGCUACAAUUGAUGUCGCUGGUGCUUUUAUUGGUGUCUCGAGCCACUCCACCACACUUUCUGGCAUCCUAAUGUUCAUCAUCACUUAUGCUUCACCACUGUUAUCUCUACUUAGCAUGGUGAUGUAUAUAUCCAGGAAGGACAUGUGUGGUGAGGUACGUGCCAAGGAUGUUGGACAUUUGCUCAAGAGGAAUCUCGGCUUCCCUUGCCUGGUACCACUAGGCUUGAAUUCCUUGAUUCUAAAUGCAUACACAGUUGUCUUACUGCUAAUGAGGAAUCAUCUUUUCAUCUGGAGUGUCUUCUCUCCUAAGUAUUUAUACGUUUGUGCCGCUACGGUUUGUGUGAUAAUCGGGGUAUCGAUUGUGGCUUCGUCGGUUUCGUAUACUUGUCUAGUUGUUUCAUCGAGAAGGAUUUGA